CUAUCAGGUCCACUGAUGCAAAAACUGAAGCUCUCUCAUACGUUCCUCCUGAGAUUUUGAGCAACAGACCUUAUGAUGACAAAUCUGAAAUCUGGAGUCUGGGCUGUAUCAUCUAUGAGAUGUGCAUGCAGAAGUGUGCUUUUCCAGGAAGAAACAGAGUUGAGAUUAUUUCAAAGAUACUGAGCUGCUCCUACAAAGCUCUGCCACGUACCUUCUCUAAGGACCUUCGUCAGCUGGUAACAGACACACUUCAGACUGAUCCAGCGAAUCGACCGUCUGUCAGUGAGAUCUUGAUAAGGCCUUUCAUUAUUAAAUACCUUUAUGAAAAGAGCACACAAACUAUUAAAGAGCUUAAUGUGCGUAAAAAAUAUGAAGACACUCUAGAGACACUUAAUGUGUCUUUAGGCAGUCAAGAGACACCUAAAGAGGCUAAAGUCAGUCUAAAGGUACUGGAAGAGCUGGCUGAUGAUUUGGAGACAGUCCACUACAACACAACGGUUGGCAGUCUCACAGGAGGAGUAGUAGGUCUGGCUGGAGGAAUCACAUCUAUAGUUGGACUUAUUCUCACUCCAUUCACUCUUGGAGCUUCUCUGAUUGUGACAGGAGUGGGAAUCGGUGUGGCUGUCGCUGGUGGAGUCACAGCUGGUGUGAGCAAUGUGACAAAGAUGGUUAACCAGCGUUCAAACCGCCAAAAGAUCAAAAUGAUUAUUGCAGAGCUACAAGAAAAAAUUACCUCCACAAGCUGCUGCAUCCAAAUCAUCCAAAUAGCAGUGGAAAUUGAACAAAUGAGAUUACACAAUAGCAGAAUAUCAUUGUCCAAUGCACAGUCUGAUGAGAAUGUGUUUGCAAAUGCUGGAGCUCGACUUGGACGAGGGCUGGGAGGGAUUUCAGAGCUCAUACGUUUAGCUGAAGUCGCAAGUAUUGGGAGAGUUGCAGCUCAGACCGCAAGAUCUGUUCGUGUUGCUGGAGAGGUUUCAGGCAUUCUGUCUGGACUUUUUGUAGCUGUUGAUAUCUUCUUUAUUGCCCUCGACUCCAAAGAAAUUCACAAACUCCGCAGCGAUUAUGCUUCAAUAGCGACCAGACAAGAAUCAAGCACUAGGUCAACUGAGAGUGAAUCAGGGCACAGUGACACAGAAAACCAGUCAUCACAGCUGCAGUCUGAAAUCAUGAAGUUUGUGACCAAAAUAAGGGAGGCUGUAAAGGAGCUAAAUAAGAUUAUGAAUGAUUUAAAUAAAGAACUGGAAAGUCUUAGAACUGCGUUACCAAACAGUUACAAUUAAGAAUUACGAGAGUGGCACUCUAUAAUACUCAUUAUAUUCCUUCAGUGUCCAAGUAUUGAUUAUAGUAGAAGCAUAUAUGGGAAUAGUUGAGCAUAUAUUCUGGGUUUUUAUUAUGUAAUUUCUAGUAUGGCUAUUAAUCAGAGAAAACAUUUCAAGAGGAAAAUAAAGUGAUCUCAUUUUAAUUAAUUAACAAUUUAUAAAUUUUAUUAAAUUAGUGUUUGUAUGGCUCAAGUGGUAGAGCAUUGCAUUAGCAGCGCAAGGUUGUGGGUUCAAUUCCCAGGGAACA